GGCAACACACCUUUCUCUUCUUUCUUUACCAAAAUCAUGUUCAAAUUGUUCAGCGUUUUUGUGACACUCUUCCUGGUACAGACAGCCUGGAGUUCCACGUCUCACGAUAAAAGCAUUAAAGCUCUUCAAAAAGUUUUAGCCAAUUCAGUGACGUACUAUGACCCGAAUACCGGAACUGAGCUAAACGCAGAGAUAACCCAUUUAAAACAGAAUAAUUCGAUUGCUACAAAGAUAUAUCAACGUUCGCUAUGCCACUGUGAGGAGAGCAGUUGUAACUGUUGCGUCGGUAUUCGUUUCCUUGGUUUUAAUGGCCCAGUGUGUAUUAGAAUUACAAUUAACGAAGACAGUAAAGCCGUCAUAACCGCAAACGGAAAAACAAUAUUAACACAUUACUUUAGAGCGCAUUCACGCCCGAUAUGUGUUGGUUUUUUCAACCAUAUAAAUAUUUGCGGUAAAUUCGACUUUUAUUAUGUUAAUGACCAUUUGCGAUCUUGUACGAGCAUCAGUCUUCAGUUUCUCUUCCUUACAUUUUCGGGAUUCCAAUUUCCAUGCGUUCAAAUUGGCGAUGACGGGAUCUCUAUGGCGAGUCUCGCACUGUUACUGAAUCAGACUGUCCCAGAGUCAGAGCAACAAGUAACCAACUCGGAAAUAUACGACGAAGUAGAUUUCGAACAGCAGGAUCUGGAAGUUUAUGACAAUCACAUGUCAAUGUUGACUCCCGAGCAAGAGGCACAAAUCGGACAAUUAAAAUUGCGAUCACUAGGAACGAAUUAAUAUCUGUUUAAAAUUACAUAGUUAUUAUUAACUAAAAAGUAGCGGUAAUUUUAUUCCUUAAUUUAAAGAUUAAUUUCUAGUACCUAUUGUUACCUUAUUAUUAUAACGUACAGUGUAUAAUAAAGUUGAACCAAGUCUG